UGUGUACUGCUGCUGUGUACGCUGUGCGCUAGCCCCUGCCAACGGGUACGGCUGUGGGCGUGUUGCACAUCGCCGCGAUGUGGUGACUAGUUGUUUUGUGGGCUCCGUUGUUGGUGACAAACUCACGUAUUUUGGAUACCUCUGAGGACAGGACCGCCUAACAGCAGGGUCAUCAUCGAGGAGCCGGAGCUUGAUCUUGCUGUGGGCUGGGGAAGAAGCUGGGGUUGUUGGUGUCGCCACUUUCGUGCAUCUACAGCAGUCGCUGACGACGGAAGACCAGCAAGCAGCAGGGGGGGUGAUUGGCACCGCACGAGCACAUCGAGUAGGGCAGCCUACGAAGUACUGAACCAUCUGCUGCGUGUUGAGUGUGGAUACAUACGACGUGGCUAACGUCUGCUGCUGAGGAGAUAUAGAGUAGGAGACCAAGGGGGAUUUGUGUGCGCUCGGAUUCAGCUGCGAUGAGCGCUUCUGCUGGAGUCAGCGUGCAGAAGAGGCUCUCUGACCAGAGGGCUAGGCUGCUGGCUUUGGAUUACCAUGACCCCUUCACCGCCGAGUCGCUCGCGUUGGUGGAACGGCUGUUUGAGGAUCUGGUCACCACAACAGAGAGCUACGAGGACCUGCAACAGCGGGUGAGAGAGCAAACGGAUGCAGAGAGCACGCAUACGGGAGGACCCACACCUAUUGUAUGA